AAAUACGUGAAUUCCGAAUCGAACAUUCAUCACCUACUUCAGUAGGUAGCCACUUACCUAGUGAUAUCAACGAAAAAGACAGUAGUGCUGUAUUGCUCUCGUUUGAGAAUUUUUUCUAGCGCUUGAAACUCAAAAUAAUUUCUACCAGACCCAUACAAGAUGACCAGUAUCAUCAAUGAAAACACUCUACUGGCCAUAUUAAAAACCAAACAUCACUGCGAGCCCAGCUCGAUUCGUGUACUAGAUUGGCACACCGAUGAAAACAUCCUCGAAGCAGGCUCCAACUUCACCACUCGAGCAUCUCGAUUAACUAUUCGCUACCGACUUGAAAUAGGAACCCACGAGGAGGACAUUUCACCCCUAGAGGAAAACUUCUUCGUCAAAGUGCCAGGCAACGCUCCACUCUACGAAUUGGCCAAAUCAUUGGGCUGGUAUAUAAACGAGGUCGCCAUGUACACCGAAGUAUUUCCUCAAAUGCGCUGCAUCGUCGACAACCAGGAUGAAUUUUUCGCACUCAAAUGUCACUACUCCGAUGAUGACCUGUCACUGGUGCUCGAAGACUUAUCACAAUCCGGAUACAGAUGCGCUGAUCGAGUUCAACAACUCAACAUCGAGCAUUGCUUCUACGUCCUACGAAGUUUAGCUAAAUUCCACGCAUUAUCCGUCAAAUUGGAAACAACCGUCGGUCUAGCCGAAUGUGUGAAACGCAAACCAAUAUUCCAGUCCGAAGGUGUAUCCGAAUCGAACAUGGCUUUUAUGAAGUCCCAGGUUCCGGUAUUUAUCGAUAGUCUGCCGCAGAAUCUCAAAGAUCGAUAUCCGAAUAUGUUGGCGUAUUUCGAGAACUUCUCGUGUGUGGAAGUUAUGAACAAAAUCGCCAAUCGAUCGACGUCCAGCAACUUCAACGUUUUAUGCCACGGUGAUUUUUGGACCAAUAAUAUCAUGUUCAAGUACGACAAAUACGGUACCAUAGAAGAUGUCAAAUUAAUCGAUUUUCAACUCACCAGUUGGUCGAAUCCGGCCAAAGAUUUGAUUUAUUUCACCAUCACCAGCGUCAAGUUCGAAGUGUACGUGAAAUAUUUCCCUCUUAUGCUGAGAAUCUAUCUGGAUACGUUGAACAGAGUACUCAGUCAGUUGAACUGUACAAAUUAACAAAUGGAAAGUCUUCUCGAGGAUUUGCAUAGGCGUGCUACCCAUAGGUCGAUCGGAUCCGGCCAUCCAAGCAAACGAAGAUGAUGAGACUGAGAGUGUAACGAAUGGCACAGCCAAGACGGAUAAGAAGAAGCAAUUUUUAGACAUUUUGGCCAACUGGUUCGAACAUCUUGCUAAAAAAGGUACUUUGCGAAUUGAUGACAGAAAUUUCCUUUAAUUUUUACUCUAUUUUUGUAAUUCAUGUUUUUAAUGAAUUAGGUAAUUUUUAAAGAACAUGUUUAAGAAUUUUCAAUACUUUAUUACAUUAUUACAUUCAUCAUGAUCUCAAUGUUGAAACAGUAAAAAACAUGAAUAAAAUCAGAAUCAAACUUGUGAAAGUCAUUUUAAGAUUCAAAAAACAAAACGAAAAAAUUUGAAUAUUUUUUUUUUUUUGCAAAAAAAUUUUUAUAAAAAUGUGCAUGCCUCUGAACAUUUCCAAAAAGCCUCACGUAAAAUUGUAUCACAGCUCACAAAAUAAAAAUUUUAAAAAGAAGUAAAAAUAGAAAUUCAGCAAUGCACAUUUUUCACUCAAA